UUUUGGCAAGGUGUUCGGAUACUGAUCUGGGUGUAUGGAACAGAGACAGCAGAUCACCAGCUGAUUGUCAAAAAGAAAAGAAAAGGAUAGAGCAUCUGCCGGGUGCUUUACCUCAGACAUUCUUUAAAUAAUAACUCCUUUUAGUUACAAAAGGCAUCUUGGCAAUUCUCUCAAAUCCCUCUUUAUCGACAGUGAAAAGGUGUCCCAGCAAUUUCCUGAAUUUACCAGAAGAUGAUGUCAAUAGGAGAAAACACAAGAGCAGAGCGUUCAUCACGCAGCGGCAUUGUGCGAAGGAUUGUUAACCUCCCGAUGAACAUAAUAGGAGGGUUCUCGAGAGCAGUGGAUCAUGGAAUGGCACUGAUAGGUGCCGGAAGGAGAGACUAUCAGCGGCUGCAUUUCCAGCAGCCCCAAGAAGCUCUGGCAGUUCCAGAGGAAUGGGUUUUCAUCACCAACUUCGAGCAGCAGUAUGGUUUGUCCCAUCCAUUUUUUUAUGCCUGCAGAUUUGUUGAAGCUCUCAAGAUAGCAGAGCAGGAAUCAAAGCUUCUCUUCCUUUAUCUCCACUUGCCUGAGCACCCCUACACAGCUCCAUUCUGCAGUGGGACACUCUGCAAGGAGCUGGUCGUGCAGUUUCUGGAUGCAAAUUUUGUUUCCUGGGCUGCCGUUGCAAACAGAGGGGAAGGGUUACAUAUAACUGCCGCACUAAGAGCACCCACUUUUCCUUUCUGUGCCAUCAUCAUGCCUACUUCUGGUGAUAGCAUAGUGGUCCUGCAGCAGGUGGAAGGGCCAGUGUCACCUGCUGAACUGGUGGAGAUCCUACAGCUGACACUUGAAGAACAGACCUCAGCUUUCAGAGCCAAAGCAGUGGAAGAAGAGAGAAGAAGAGCAAACCGCCAACUGAGGGAGGAACAAAAUGCUGCAUAUCAUGUGGCGCUUCAAAUUGAUAGGGAAAAGGAAAGAAUCCGGGACUUGGCCAUAGAGGAAACAACUCAGCUUCAAAAGCAGGUUGAAGCACACAAGAAAGCAAACAUCCAGAAGCCAAAGAAAUCUCCUGCUGCUACAAAACAGCCAGGAAACAAAGCAAGGGAAACAACCAAGGAUAAUCAAUGGAAGGAAACCUCUACUCCCAUAAAGGGUCCAAUGGUUACUCAGAUACAGAUACGAUUUCCGAAUGGCGAAAGGAAGGAGCAGAGCUUCCUUUGCACUGACAAGAUUCAGUCCAUAUACAGAUACAUCGACUCACUGGGUUUGCCUGGGGUAGGAAGUUACCGACUGAUAUCCAACUUCCCAAGAAAAGUUUUUGGCUUCGAGCAGAUGAACACAACUCUCAAAGAUGCAGGCCUCCAUCCUAGCGCAAGUUUGUUCCUAGAGCUCAUAUAAUAGUUUGAUAGUAUGAUAGUACAUAACCAUCUGUAUGAAUCCAAAUCACCAGCAGAUAGUUUCCAGAAAUGCUACUGAUAGACAUUUCUAAGUGCACUA